AUGGAGAUCGACAGGCCCCGCUUGCUGGCCGGCGCCGCCCUCGUCGACCUCGUGCCCGUCGUCGACGGCGAGAGCAUGAGGUUGGUGGGCGAGUUGGCUGCCGCGGAGCAGAAGGCCAAGCUCGUGCACGACCAGGGCGAGGCCUUGUGCGGCGAGCCCCUUCGCAGGAAGGUCGCCCUCCGUGCGCGCGCGGAGGGCCUCGACGUCGGCACGGCCAGGCCUGGUGCGCGCACCGCAGCGCAGCGCAGGGCCCGCCUGGGGAUGGGCGCGGCGCGGCGGCGAGAGGCGGACGACGAUGCGGUGGGGCAGCCCGCGUGGGGCCUCGUCGCCGACAAGGGGGGUGAAGGUGCGGAGCCGCGCGAGAUGGUGGGGAACGUGGAGGCGCCCUUGUUUGUGCCCGCCGUGGUGCACAAGCUCCUGUUCGACGGCUUCCAGGAGCAGGUCAUAGCAGAUGCCACGGGUCACGCGAGCAGCGGCGGCGGUCUUGUUGGCAAGUGCGGCGGGGCCUCGCAGGUUUCCGCGCACAGUGACGCGCCUGGCGGCCAUGCGCUCCGUGCUAGCGCUCCCGACUUGGAGGAGCCUGCUGAUGAACUCGUCUUCGGGCGGGAUAAUGACGAGCAGCAGCAGCGCAGGGCGGUGGCUGACAACGCGGAGGUGGACGGGGAGCUGGAGAAGAAGCGUAGCGCACUGGAGUCCUAUAGUCUGGAGAAGCACGACCUGACCGCUCAAGCCCGGGCGGCCGCUGCUCGCCGCGCUCUGGCUCUGCGGCGGGCCGCCGGCGGGCUCCGGUGGGACGAUGGCACUGACGACGGGGUUGGCAUCGGCGAAAUACCUGCCAUGGGCACCUUUACUGUCGAGCAGACAUACGUUGGCCACAAGUUCAAACUUGUCGAGGAAGAUGCGGAGGGGACUGUAGAAGUAGUGUCUCGCUUCGUGAUGAGACAGGGUAAGCAGACCUAUGUUGUAGAGCCCUUGGAAGAGGAUCGGCAAAACGAGGCGUACUUGAGAUUCAUGGAGCAAAACUCAAUGGUGGAAGCUUUGAACAUGUUGCAUACCAGCGGCAAGCUCAGAGCAGUCAGGUUCCAGUCCCAGGCGCGUCCAGUGAACGUACGACCUGCCUUUGGUAUGGUCAUAAAGAAUUUCCGGCGCGACCCCUGCAACGUAUUUUGGGAUGACGGUUCACCCGACGGCGUGUUCAGCGGGAAUAUCCAGGCGAUGGGCACGACGAGCUCAAUGACGACAUACCCUGGCGAUGCGUUCAAGGUUAUUUGCAAGGACGAGUUGGUCACGAGGUUUGUCAUGGAUCCAAAACAGAGAAGAUAUGUGGUGGAGCCGCUGCCAACAGAUGAAAGUGCGCUCGGAAGCCCAGAGUAUGCGAUGCACCAGCGUGAGGCCAAGCUGGAAGAGGAAUAUACUGCGAUGAGCGGCAUACCCUGGCUGGGGGCGCAUCCUCCUGACCCCCCGUCAAAUCCAAUGUACGCCGCUGGCAGCAGCAUCGGUCAGGCGGUCCACACCGUGAACGCCCGUGGGCUGAACGAGACGCGCGAUUUACUCGCGUUAUCCUGGAAUCCUGUUGGUCCACGAGCCUUCCUGAUUGAGAACCUGCUGACCCCAGAGGAGUGCACCCAUGUCAUUGAAGUUAGCAAGGACAAGCUGCACGCUUCCUACAUCGGUGUCACAGAAGAUAGCUCGCAAGGCUUCGAGUCGAAGACUCGAACCUCCAAGAUGACAUUUAUCCCCCGAUCCACAACAAAGGAGCUGGAGGCCAUGCAUCUCAAGUUUGCGGACAUCCUCAACGUCUCCGACGAGGUUCUUCACAGAUCUGCUGAGGAACUCCAGGUUGUCCGCUACGAGCAGGGUCAGGAGUACGCCCCCCACUACGAUUUCACCCGGGAGAAAGGCUUAGACCGCCUCGCGACGUUAUUGAUCUAUUUGGGGGACGGCGGAGGUACCGUCUUCCCUCGGGCGUUCGACGACCGCGGCCUGACGGUUCAUCCGAAGCAGGGCGACGCCAUUUUGUUCUACUCGAUGCUGCCCGACGGCAAUCUCGACGAGCUGUCGCUGCAUGGUGGCAUGCCCGUCGCGGCGGGAACCAAGUGGGUGUGCAACCUCUGGCUGCACGCGCACGGUGAUCGCCCGUGGAAUGGUGGGCACGAGCUCCAGAAGGCCGAGCUGUAG